CUUUUAUUUUUAAAUUUAUAUCAUUUUAGAUUCACCUUUUUUUAAAUUUUAUGAACAAUUUCACUUCUUUCGAAAUUUACCUCUCUGUAAUAAUAUGAAAUAAAGAUUACAAAACUGCAAUUGAGUACUUAUAUAAAUCAGUAAAAAGAGUUACAAAAGUGAUGGCUUUAUUAUGCAAAAGCUGCAAUGAGAAGGCUUUUGAUGUAGAGGAACAAGUUUGCAAGGCUUGUGGUAUAGUUUGUGAUGAUAUUCAAUUUGGAAUUGAAUGCAAUAAAGAUUUAUCUUUUAAACCUUUUCAAUCUACGGCCUCCAGAAAACCUCGAGCAGAAGCCUUAAAUCAUGGAAUUGAUGCAGUGGAUUUCUUGUGUCAUCAGUUUAAUAUUACAGCAGAUGUAAAAAUGGAAACUUUAAAUUUACUCAAAGAAAUAUAUGCUAGUCGAAGAAAGGUUGGAAAAUCUUUUAAAAUGAAAGAAGACGUUGGUGUUUUGGCAGGCUGUUGUCUUUUAAAUAUACAGAGAAAACAUAAACUUCCCGUGCCCAUCAAUGGUUUUUGUUCUUCGUUGAAAUGCAAUAAGAAAAAAAUUUUAAAAAUGACGAAAGUUCUUCAGAACUAUUUAAUUGAUAACAUAUUAUCUGAGGAAGAAUCUGAAGAUUAUAAUCAAGAUAUUUCUGUUGUGAAUUCUAGUGUUGAGGAUAAUGAGUCAUUAGAAUCCUAUACUGCUACUUUGCUAUCUCAUGCUCCAGAAGCUAUUAAAAAUGAGCUUAUCCAAAAAACUACUACUCUAGCUAAACUGGCAGAUUCAUGCUGGCUUUUGACUGGAAGAUCCAAAUUAGGAGUCGUUAGUGCAGCUGCUUAUCUCUGUUGGAAGUCUAUGAAUCCUAAAAAUAAGUUGACUCUCCCUGGGUUUUGUAGAGAGUACUCUCUAAAUGUGACAAAAGCACGUUCAAGAGUUCCUGAGUUGAAAGACAUGCUUUUAAAACUUGGUGCUAAUAUACCUUCUAAAACUGCAAAUUAUGUCACUGAUAAAAACAUAAUUUUCCACUUGGGAUAUAUUUUGGAGAAUUCAGAAUCCUUACGAAAUGAUUUGUUAUCUGAUAAAUUUACUACUGAUGCAGUGAAUCAAAAAGAAUUUGAAACAUUUCGCGACUGUUAUAGCAAACCAAAGCCAGUCAAACUGCAUGUUUCUUCUUAUGCUGAUGAUAUGAAUGCAUCUGACAUUGAAAUAUCUGACACAGAAAUUGCAUCAUAUAUCCGAACAGAUAAGCAAAUAAGUCUUGUUCAAGAUCUCCGAAAUAUGUAUGACUCUGAUGAAUCUCUUAGUGUCGAUUAAUUAGUGAUCUAAACUUUGAACCAAUAUUCCAUGUUUCACUUUUUAAUUUUAAUUUGUUUAUUAAUUUGAAAUUCAGUAACUUUUGUUAUUUAACUAUUUAAUUUUUUUUUAUUUAUACAUAUUUUCUACUUGUAAGCUAUAUGAAUUUCUACUUGUAAACAAUACACUUUAAUUUUAAACUCAGUAACUUUUGUUACUUAACUGUCUAAUUUUUUUUAUUAUUAUUUAUUUAUGCAUAAUUUAUUUGGUAUUAAUCUUUACUCUACUAUUAAGAAUAGUUCUGAGUAAGCCAGAUUUUUUUUAAUGUUUUUAUUUAAAAGAAAACUUUAAUUUAACCUGUAUAAAAAUAAGAAAGUAAAAGUACUAUUUAAGUUUCUCCAUGAUAUGUUUUAAUAGCACAACUAAUUCUACAAUUUUUAAACAAUAUGUUUUGCAGAUUUCUGAUUUUUUGUUACUUAAAUAUUCUGUUCUGUAUUUUUAUAUGCUAUGUUUAGAAAGUAAAACGCUUACAGCCAAGAGUACAUUACCUUAAAAAAAAAAAAGAGGUAAUUUGUGACAAAAUUCUUCGCUUCAACUUCAGAAGCAGUUCUGCAUUGAAAAACAUAUGAAAAUCAAAUCAAGCUCUAUUUUUUAUAUUUAUAUACUAUUAUUUUAGUAUGUGUAGAGAUGAAAGGUUUAUCUAUCUCAAGUAAUAACCCCUUUUAAAAUUCAGCUUAAAAGAUUAAUAACACAAUCAAAAGUAUUUUUGAAGAAUCAUAUAUUUUAUACUAAAAUUCAAAUGAAUAUGAUACUUCACAAACUGUUAUUUAAGCUGACAAAAUUUUAAUUUUCCCCUUUCAGCUUAUAACCUCCAUUUGAAACUAGUCUUUAAAUAUUUAUUAGCAGGUACAAAGUCAAAAAUAUUUUCAAAUGAUAAUUUAUUCAUAUUAAUCCUAAAAUAAACAAAAUUUAAAUCUGUAUCACUGUGUAAUCAUUUGACUCAUAGACUUAUAAUUAAACUUAUGUCAUUUUUUAUAAUUUCAUUAGUAACUUAAAGGAAACUAUCAUAAUUUAGAAGAAAUACUUUUAUUUUUAUAAAAUAUAAAAUUUUCUAUCUUUGAAAAUUUUAAAGUGUAUGGUGUGACAUAUUAAAAAAAAACUGGCAGGGGUUGCUUGUCUAUUUGAUGAAUAUUUACUUGUAUAUGAUUAACAUCUAAAUAAACAUAAAGCUUAUACUGUUAAGAUUUAAGCUGACUGAAAUUCUACUUCAUCCUAUACUUUAUUUAUGUGUAAAUCGUACAACAGAGUUUUAAAUUUAUAAAUGUUUAUAAUAUGUUAAAUGUUUAUAAUAUGUAGAAGAUAUAUCUAUUCAUAUUAAAAAGCAAAAAGAAAGUAUUAUUUAUUUAAGCAGUUAGUUAAUUAGUAAAGUUAAGCAAUAGGCAUGUGUAAUACUUAAAAAAAAUUAGAAUUCUGAGGGUUUUGGUUCCAGUCUAAUAUAUUGUGCCAUUUGGAAAUAUGGGUUGAAAAUAUUUAAAGAGAACUGGAUUCUAUAACUAGUUUAGAGUUUUUAAAUAUGAAACUAAACAUUCAUAUACAUUUUCCCUGUUUUCUUGCAUCAUUGUUAAAAGUUUCGUAUUAUGGUUUACUAUAAACUUUAAAAAGAAAAUAUGAUUAUAGUCUCUCUUUUUUUUUUUUUUUGUAUAUUGAUGUUAAUGUUAAAAAAUUUAAAUAAGAUAUAAUUGUUGACACUCUAGUUGAACUUGAUGUGUAUAUUUUGUUGGUUAUUGAGCAUAAUAAAAGCAUAAAUGCUUAA